GCCAUUUGUUCAUUACCCGCUAGCUUAACGCAACUGGGUCAACAGCGCGAGAGGCUACCGUCAACCAGGUUGUAAAGUGCAACAAAAUGAAAGCUGUCGGUUAGCUUAGCUUUUUUUAAUUAGCGCACAGACACGGAGACACUUGUUGGGUAAACCGUCAUCUUGUCAUUUCUCUGCCGGGAAAGAUCCGGUGCGCUAACGGACAGCCGUUGGGCCUCGUCGUCGUGGCCCAGCAGGACUCGAGUGAAGUUAGGAGCGGACUGCCAAACUUCUGCUUCCACCAUCGGCUCUCCGCAGGGCCCGGGGCUCCUGUCACCGGCCCUGUGGAUGUGGACGUGAAUAAGAAUAUAACCGACCGCCAGGAGAAAGGAAUCCCUUUGAUGGGAGAAUCCUCUUUCCUGGCCUCCUGGGUCAAUCGCCGUGCCAUGAUGAUGGAUGAGCAGGAGGCGCUGAACUCGAUCAUGCAGGACUUGGCCGAACUGCACCGCUCUAGCCGUCCUGCCAUGUUCCUAUCGGACCUGGGAAAACCCAAAGCCUCCUCGCCCAAGAACCAGAAUGACGUCAGAGUGAAGUUCGAGUUCAAAGGGGAGAAGAGGAUCUUGCAGUUCCCUCGACCUGUCAAGCUGGACGACCUGAAGGCGAAAGCUAAAGUGGCUUUCGGUCAGACGAUGGACCUUCACUACACCAACAAUGAGCUGGUGAUUCCACUGACCACUCAGGACGACCUAGACAAGGCCGUGGAGCUGCUGGAUCGUAGUGUUCACAUGAAGAGCCUGAAGAUCCUCUUGGUGCUCCAGUUCUCCUCUCAGAACUCUUCAUCCAAUAUGGACCUCCUGCAGUCCCACGAGGAGCUGGACAACACAGGAUUCAGGGUCGCUGACAAGAACAGUAUGCUGGCUUUAAUAGGCUCCCAUUCGACGGACCGCAGCUCUCCUCCUCCAGGAUACAUUCCCGAUGCGCUCCAGCAGGUGGCGAGGAACGGCUCCUUCACCAGCAUCAACAGCGAGGGAGAGUUCAUUCCUGAGAGCAUGGACCAGAUGCUAGAUCCGCUUUCCAUGAGCAGUCCAGAGAACUCUGCGUCGGGAAGCUGUCCCUCUUUAGACAGCCCACUGGACAGUGAUUACCCGAAGUCUAGGAUGCCCCGGGCACAGAGCUACCCAGACAACCACCAGGACUUUCCAGAGUACGACAUCCCAGUGUUUGAGAAGUCGGGCAAAGGUGGAACGUACCCUCGACGAUACGGCAUUCCCUUCAGCCUUCAGGAUUACAGCGAUGGGAGGAAGACCUUUCCUCGUGCGCGGCGAACGCAAGUUCACGGCUUCCGCUCGCCGGUUAGCUUCAGCCCGACGGAGCAGUCGCCCAGCACCAGCAGUGGCAGCAGUGUCUUCACCCCCGACCUAGAAGAGCUUCCGGGGCCCGGCAGGAGGCCGCGGAGGGGCAGCGACAUUGAACCCAACCUCAACCCAACAGCUCCAUCCCUGUCUGUGAUGGACAUCAGCCCACCCAGUCGCUCUCCACGCGCCCCAACAAACUGGCGGCUCGGAAAGCUCCUGGGUCAGGGGGCGUUCGGGCGCGUUUUCCUCUGUUAUGAUGCCGAUACUGGACGAGAGCUGGCAGUCAAACAGGUCCAGUUUGACCCGGAGAGUCCAGAGACCAGCAAGGAGGUGAGUGCGCUGGAGUGUGAAAUCCAGCUCCUGAAGAACUUGUGCCAUGACCGGAUCGUCCAGUACUACGGCUGUCUGCGAGACACCAUGGAGCGAACGCUUUCCAUCUUCAUGGAGUACAUGCCUGGUGGUUCCAUCAAGGACCAGCUGAAGUCGUACGGAGCACUGACGGAAAACGUGACGCGCCGCUACACCCGGCAGAUCCUGGAGGGGGUUUCCUACCUGCACAGCAACAUGAUUGUCCACAGAGACAUCAAAGGGGCCAACAUCCUGCGAGACUCGGUCGGUAACGUGAAGUUGGGAGACUUCGGGGCCAGUCGGCGGCUGCAGACCAUCUGUCUGUCAGGAACGGGCAUCAUGUCUGUGACCGGCACCCCCUACUGGAUGAGCCCAGAAGUGAUCAGUGGCGAGGGCUACGGCAGGAAGGCCGACAUUUGGAGCGUUGGCUGCACCGUAGUGGAGAUGCUGACACAGCGCCCCCCGUGGGCAGAGUUUGAGGCCAUGGCAGCCAUCUUUAAGAUUGCCACGCAGCCCACCAACCCCGUGCUGCCUGCCCACGUGUCGGACCACUGCAGAGAGUUCCUCAAACGGAUCUUUGUAGAGACUAAGCAGCGGCCAACUGCUGAUGAGCUACUGAGGCACAUCUUUGUACAUUAACCCCUGAACCUUUACCCCCCCGCCUGCCUGCCGAACUGCCAGAUAUGGCCUUACGUGACGGGGCGUCCCUGCCUCUGACCCCGCCCCCUCCACCUCCACGCUGAAACCUUAUUGGACCAGGAGGAACUGGCUAGAAGACGGUGGGGUGUGUCGACGGGUGGGGGGGGAGCGCGUACCUGCUCCUUCUGUCUCUGUUUGUAUGAGAUCGCCAUAGAGGACAUGAAUUCUUAUUUUAUUUUUCUCCGCAAGUUGCACCUUAAUUUCUGAAACAAGGAGGGGCGGAGCUCUUCCUCCCGACGCGCUGAGAGAGGACUCUUUGAAAACGUCUCCUUUUUUAUGUUUGUACGGUUUCUCUCUUCAAACGCUUUGGAGUGGGACAGUGUCAGUGUUGUGGACCUACAGGAGGUGAUGCCUGACUCUUGAGUGGCCCUGCCCCCCCCAUCUCGCUGACCCCAGAAUGUAGUCUCCUGCCAAAACCCAGAGCGAUGGCGAUGACCUGGGCCCGCUGCUAUAGACGAAACUAAACCCCAGAUGCAGAGAACUCUUCCCGCGUCCUCUCCCUCUCGUCUUCUGAUCUUCACUGUCUGUACACCACGCCUCCUCUUCCUCCUUCACCUUCGCUCUUCGCCGUGUGCCUUUUCUGUUUUUUACACGCCGUGUAGGAGUGAGUCUCUGUUGCUCUUACGUUUCUCAGUGUUGCUUUGCCUCCUGGAUAAACUGCCUUCGCACCGUUAGCCCAAUCUGAUCUCAGUUCAGCCGUAAUGUACGUUUCUGCCUUCUCUGUGACGGGGGGGGGAGCGUCCUGCUUCACCUGCUCCACCUGCUCCACCUGCCAGCUCUGGCCGGGGAACAAAUAUCCUUCAGACGUUCUGUUUGUUGUGCCGCUGGUUUAAUAGUGAAAUGUAGCGGGGGGGGGUUUGGGUACCAGCACCCUCCACUCCGCUCCUCCAAGUGUUCACUGAUUCGAUUGACUAGAUUCACUUGUCGUGGCAGGUCAGAGGUCAGAGGUCAGUGUCAACGCUCACAUUGUGGAAAUGUACAAAUUAAUAUUUAAUUUGCUUCGCUGGACGUAAACUUCAGAAUCCAGGAUGUUAAAAUAUGUUAAUAUAAUUCUGCAAGAUGAAACUUAAAUAAAGUGCAGCACUAAACUAAGCGUAAGAUAUUCGUAGAUUAAAGUUAAUGAUCGACGAAUCGAGUUCCAGCAUUUCAAAUGUGAAUAUUUAUGAUUUCUUUCAUCUCUGAAGGUAAAUCUUUUAGAUUCUCACGGUGGGGGGGUUUAUUGACCGAACACUCGUCAGUGUGUCGCUGGCUGCAGCCGAGGAAACCUCUGAACGCCAUCGCUUACAGAACCUGUUACUUUGAUUACUUGAAGCAGGAGUGCGGCGUCUUUGCUCACAGCUGAUUGGCCGGAGGUCUGGCUGUAUGACGUUGUCAGUUUUAUUUAUAUAAAAAGAAAAGGAACAUUUCUAUCAGUCAUACGCUGCUUAUCUUUUACAUUUGCUCCACUGCUGCAAUCGGUACCUUUUUUUAUUUUGUCCACUGUGCCAUAUCGGAGCGCUCCUGCUGUCGGACGUCUUGUUCUACGCUUCAUCGGCCUCGCACGCACUCCUACAGACAACACUCGCACUUGAAAAUGAUUUACAGGAUCUCACAGCUUCGUUCCUUUACGGCUGCAGUCGCCGUUGUUGCCAAAUCAGAUGUUAACUCGUCACUUUAGCCAAACCACACACACUCCGUUCGACACGCGUUGGCUCUCCUUGUGGUUUUCCUUCUGGGCCGAGCUUCCGUAACGUCUGUCGGUCAAAGACACGACUCGCUGUUGGCUCUAGAACUAUGCACCAGCAGGAUACACGCACUGCAGGCGGCUGACGGCAGGAUUUAGUUUGUUCCACCAGUCCUGGUCGUGUUGGGCAGCUCUGUCUGCAACUGUGGCUGCAAACAGAACGGCCACACGCACACUGACACACACUGACACACACUGACACACACUGACACACACUGACACACACUGACGCACACUGACACACACUGACGCACCAGGUGAUCCAUGCUGUACUCUUCAACACGGUCAGCAUACCUUUUAAUAAUACACGCCGAGUUCUGCUCCGAUAUUUGGGAGAGACUUAAAUCAUGUAUUUACAGAACAAACAGAAGUAAAGUCUUUAGAAUAAUCUGUGUGUGUGUGUGUGUGUGUGUGCGUGUGCGUGCGCGUGUGUGUGUUGCAUGUCUCACGACUGGAGUGUUUAUGGACACGUUUCUGCUUCCUAAAGGUGCAAUCAGUACUUCAUCACCGACACUGGACUCCCCACUCACUUUGUUUAUGUUCUGUUGAACCUCUGGAGAACUGGAGUUCACGUGAUGCGUGUUUAGUUUGCCCCCCCCCACCCCCCCCCCACCCCCCCGUGAUCCUACUGGAGCGUGAAGCGUGGAGGAUGUGUAACGCUACGUCUGGUACCGUACAUAAUGAAGGUCUGCGUUUGGUAUGUUUUCGGUACUUUUAUUUAUUUCUAUGAUCAUUUCCAACAAGUUUCCUGGAAAGAAGGAAGUAGUUUGGUACGAGAGUCAGAACGCAGCUGGUAAACAGGAAACGUGAGAGUGAUGCGUUUGUUGUUGUAGUUUCCUGCGGCGGCCAUGUUUUACUGAUUGCACCUUUUUUAAAAGCAGGUGGAACAUGCUCAUCGAGCCUUUACUGAGUCGUGAAGGUCACUUGGUAAACCAUCUUUGAGUCGCGAGUCGACCCCCAGACAUGUAAUCGCAGCUCCUGAUGUUCUCUCCGCUAAAUGUUCAGUCUGGGAUCAGCUGAUCUCAGAUCGUGGAGACGAACUCUUCCACUCAUUUUAUGCAUUUUUAAAACGGUACGUGUCCAAACGGCUACAGAAGAGAGAAACUCUUGAUUUUGCAAACAUUAGUGGUUGUAUUGAGUUCGAGGCGGCGUACAUUAAACUGUCUGUAACGGCCGCCAGCACUGGUAACCCUCGAUACACUCUUCCAUUAUGCACUAUCUUUGAUUCACUGAUGCUUUCCACCAUUCCUUGUCUGCUGUCGCUUGUUCAGCUCCGCUCAGCAACCUUUCCUUUGCACAUUGUAAAGUGUGUGUGUGUGUGUGUGUGUGUGUGUGUGUGUGUGUGUGUGUCUGUCUGUCUGUGUGUGUGUGUACUCAAUACAUGAAUGUAAUGUCUUUCUUUUAACCGUCGGAUGGCCUCGUUCACCGCUGUGGAUUGACUCCACGGUACCAGUAUUUGUCACCUGCAAACGCCAAGAUACACCUGUAGUUCUCUUUAGUGUCUAAAGCCACUGCUACCACUCGUGUGUGUGUGUGUGUGUGUGAGUGUGAGAGUGUGUGUGUGUGUGUGUGAGAGAAUGUGCAUUUGGCAUUACUGCAAUUUGUGCUCUUUGGAAACUGCGCGUGAAAUGCUUCGAGCAUUCUGACUGUAGGAGGUGAGAACAUUAAAAUAAUAAUUAUAAAACAGAAAAAAAACAAAUCCUGUACAAAUGUAUAAAAUAAAAAAUAUACCCUUUUUAGAAAAAAAAAAAAGCAAGUCCACUUAUAUCCCACAUGUUUGGUCUCUGUGUAAUGUAAAAGAAGCCAUGUUUAUAAUUCUAAUUGGUUUGUGACCAAUACGCCUGUUUAUAUCAGAUCUGUAUAUCAGUGGUACGCAUAAUUUUUUAAUAUAUAUUUUUUAUUUUACUUUUUUUUAAAUGGGAGAUUUUAUGCAUGGUUGGGUCCUGAGAGACACAGCGGUGCCGUUGAAUGGUUGCUGUUUUUGGGCAAAAUUCUGGAGUAUUGCGACAGCUCUGUGUUCAUAAUUACAACAAUUAUGACGAAAAACAAUAAAAGAUAUUUAUUUCA